AACCAAGCACACCGACUCAUGCGCAGGAGCAGAAGGAAGAGGCCCUAUCAAACCUUCAGGACGCGCCCUUCCCCCACGCUCUUUCCGGGCUUCUCCCACUGCGCAGGCGCAGCAGAGAAGCAAGAUGGCGGCCCCCGUGGAUCUGGAGUUGAAGAAGGCCUUCACAGAGCUUCAAGCCAAAGUUAUUGACACUCAGCAGAAGGUGAAACUUGCAGACGUACAGAUUGAACAGCUGAACAGAACGAAAAAGCAUGCACAUCUUACAGAUACAGAGAUUAUGACUUUGGUAGAUGAGACUAACAUGUAUGAAGGUGUAGGAAGAAUGUUUAUUCUUCAGUCCAAGGAGGCAAUUCAUAAUCAGCUGUUAGAGAAACAGAAGAUAGCAGAAGAAAAAAUUAAAGAAUUGGAACAGAAAAAAUCCUAUCUGGAGCGGAGUGUGAAGGAAGCUGAGGACAAUAUCCGGGAGAUGCUGAUGGCGCGAAGGGCACAGUAAACCCCUCAACUUCUGAGCCUCCAUGUAUCAGUAGUAUGCAGAUGAGGAAGAAAGGAGAACAGGCAUAGCUGAAUAUAUGAUCACAACAGUCGUACCUCAGUGGCAGUCUGCCUAGAGUCUCCUCGUGUCUGACUCUUUGCAGCCCCUAUGGACUGCAGCAUGCCAGGCACCUCUGUUCUCCAGUCGCCUGGAGUUUGCUCCAUUGAGUUGGUUAAACAAUCGCCAUUAUUAAAAACUAAAUUUGUAAAUUUACAUUAUAUUAAAAGUAAGGUUAAUAAUUAUUAAGAACUUGUCCUUUCUGAAUUACUAAAUUUGACCAUUAUCUAUU